AUAAAAGUUCUUUCAGGCACAAAUAAUCACAAAUAAUUGACAAAGUAAGCAGGUUAUAAUGCAGCGAUGUAACUCUUUAUAUAUUGGGAUAUGGUUGAUAUAUGCAUCUGCAGCAGCUGCAUCACCUGGUGCAGGACCGAGCUGGUGAGGCCCGACAACUCCCACAGGGACGGUUACAUGUAAAUUAUUCAUGAAUGAAAAUAUAUAAAACAUCAUAAAUAUAUAAAUGAGCAAUGCAGCCAAAAAGAGGCCCUGCAGGAGGAGCUCACAGUUUGAGCAGUCAUGAGAUCAUGAAGAUGUUAUGAAAAAGCAACAUAUAUGUUUUGUGUGUGAUUUUGUCUCAUUUUUCCUGUUGUCUUGUGAAGUAUUUGGUAUUUUCAUACCUUCAGGACUCAUAUGAAACUGUCUAAGAAGGAAAAGUCACUAUUGUACAUUUAUUUUAAUAAUAUAAUCAUUUAAAGAUGUACAUGACUCAGAUUAGUUGGUGAUUUUGGGGGUAUGGGUGUAACAAAAGUCUAAUUAAAUGAGUUGUGUAGUUUUGGGGACCAGAAACAUUCACAAAGACAGAAAAUAAAAAGUAAAACACUGAAAUAUGCUUAACUACUGCAGCACUUCUAUCUGCUCAGUGUUCGUCCUUCACACUCUCAGAUUAAAGUGACAGUUUGAGAAUAAUGUGCUGAUGUUCCGUCCUGUGUGUCGGCCUUGGAGAGUAGAGAUCUAGAAAAAAAGCGUGGCGGCGUGGGAAGGUUCAGAACCGGCCCCUCGACCCAGAAGAGGGAAAUGCUUUGUCUGCCGUCAGCGAGACUGUUUAAUGUGUCGAUCAGCACAGAUGCAGAAUGCAGGAAGCAACAAUGUGGCUGUGAGGAUGUGUUGUUGGACAGGGAGGCCUGACGUGCUGAUGUUUGACUGGGUCCUAGUGUUAGAUGUGUUCACUGACGCACAGCCAUCUUUAGUCUGAUAUUCCAGGAGUUAACAGACUUUUAAAACGUCAACCAUUAAAGGAGCAGGCAGUGAGGCGCUCUUGACUAGUUUGAUGAAUCUUAUCAUAUUUUUAUUUAGAAAAAUAUAUACAACAGUGGUUCCCAACCUUUGUUCAUCAACACCUCCCGUUGUGUUCAAUGUUUUUGUGUUUAUUUCAUUCAAUUUAAACCGCAUUUGAUUUUACACUCUAACUACAUUAAAGCGAUUAUCGGUACAAUAGUUUUCAUACAAUUAAAAGGAUGUGGUCAUAUUUACAUUCAAACUAGGCUACACCAAUUGUAGCUGGUGGAAGUAGCUGGCUAACUGUUAAGCAUUUAAUUUACCUAUUUAAUUAGCUUGACCAAUUUAAACCAUUUAUCUAAUAUCUGAACUAGUAUCUUCAGCAAUGAUUCCCAAAUGUUGACACCAUUUAACCAAUAGUUUUCACUGAUGCUAACUAUUUCAACUGCCUGCAUAGCAACUACCUAGCCUACCACUUUUAGCUAACAUUUCCAACUGUCCACUGUCCACUAAUGUUAGGUUAUUGAGCUAACCAUCUACUACCUUUAGCAGUCUUUUUUUUAGCUUGUUCACCAUUUAUCCAAAAUUAUGUUUUCAACUGUGUAUCCAUUACUUUUAGCUAGCUAGCCUACUGUUAGCCUACUUCAAUAGUAAUUGGGCUAAUUUUAUUUUAUUUAACCAUAUAUUACCAUUACAUUUUUAAGCGUAAUCCAUAAAUGUUUAGCUUGUUUACUGUUCAGUAUUUUGAACUGUUUCAACCACAACCAUAUCUGAAAUUGCUUUCACAGUUAUAAAUUUUAACUGUUUAACCAUUACUUUAAGCUAGCUAACAUUACUGUAUCUCUUUUUAUCCAUUUGGCUAAUGAAAGUUGAAUUAACCAUCUACUUUCAUGUAGAUUUUUUCAGCUUUACUAAUAAUUUUGUCCACUACAUUUUAGCUUUAUCGCUUAUUUGUGGACUAAAUUUUAGCUUGUUCACCAUUUAUUAAAUAUUUGUAGGUAAUUGUUGUAGGUAACAGUUUCAACUGUUUAUGCAAUACUUAUAGCAAAGCUAGAUGACCUAACUAGCUAAAUAAUCAGUUAGGCUAAUGUCACCUGCUACUACCUUUUGCUAGAUAUUUCUUAGAUAGAACGGUUAGCUUGUUAACCAUCAAGUACCUUUAUGCUAAUGUUAGCUUAUUUAACCAUCUUCUACUGUAAGACUGUUUAGCUUUUUCACUCAUUUGUUGGCUUUAUUUUAGAUUGAUCACCAUUUUUUUUUCAAUAUUUUUAGGUAGCAUCAACUGUUACAAUUGUUCACAGGUUACCUUUAGCUAAGCUAAUUGACAUUACAUUGACUGUAAUCAAUUAGGCAGUCAAUAAAGCUUGCUCACAAGCUAACCGUUUCUGCAGUUUAUUACUUUCAGCUAGCUAUCAAAUAUUAUCAAUUAUGCUAAUGUUAGCUUAUUUAACUAUCUUCUACCACUAUUUUUAUUUACUUUUAGUUGACUACUACAAACGGUUAGCUUGUUAACCAUCAAAUACCUUUACCUUUAUUUUUGUUUAGCUUCAUCAUUUAUUUAUCCACCACAUGUUAGCUUGCUGUUUAUCCAUUACUUUUAGCUAGCUGAUGUUAGCUUACUCUAACAGUUACUCAUUAGAGUACUGUCAACAUAGCUAACAACUGCUAACUGUUCAUAUGCUCUCGGUCAAAUAUGUGGGUACAUUUUUAAUCAGAUUUAAUUUGUUUUUUAAUCGGUUGAGUUGCUCCAUAUUUUCAAAGUAAACAGAGAAUUGUUGCCCUGUGAGCACUUCCGGUUCAGUGAUUUACUAGCUAUGAGCAGCGUUAUAUAAAUAAUGUAUCAGUCAAUACAACACAUGAUAGUAAACACGUUUCUUCUUAAUAUUUAAUAAAGAUUAUAUGCAGCAGGAGGAGGAGGAGGAGGAGGAGGAGGAGGAGAUAGGCGGGCGCUAGGACCCGGCGGCUCCCUCCUCCAUGCAGCAGCGCCGCUGAGCAGAAAUCUGCAGCUCGGAGUGAAGAGAUCAAAAUGAUGCUGCCUGUAAAAAGGGAUUAAACGCAAAGCAAUCUGUCGGCGGCUGCGGGUCAAUCCGCGGCUCGGUUCCUCUCCCACGUCCUCUGGCGCAGAUACAUCUUCUGAUAACCGAUGCAUGUAUCGAUCCGUGCGGGCUCGGGCUGAUGGUGUGAGCUGGUGACAGAUGCAUCGUGCUCACUUUCUCCGUUGCAGCGGACGCGUGUUGCAGCGGAUGCAGCAGCAGCUGAAGGCCUUUAAUGCGAUCUGUUGUUUUUGUUUCUCUCUCUUCUCCCUCCAUCUGCCGGGUUCUGUCGUCUGAGCGCCGCCUCCAGGACCGGGUUCCGUUCGUUCGGGUGGAUAAGAAACCGAUUCGCCGCCGACAUGCCGUCGCUGAGCAUCCGUCGCGACGCUUGACCGACCGAUCAUGAUGAAGACCGAAUCCACAUCCAAGAGCACCGGCUCCGGCUCCGGCUCCACGCUCAGGAGCCCAUCCCCGCACAGAAACGCGUACGAGGCGGGGAUGCAGGCCCUGAAGCCCGUCAAAGACAAUGCCGCGAACGGGGACCUGCAGGAGGGCCCCCGGGGCCGCAGGUACGGCUCCAAUGUGCACCGCAUCAAGAACAUGUUCCAGCAGAUGCAGACCACGUCCCCGGGCGAUCCGGAGGGAGGAGAGGAGGUCGCCAGGAACGCCGACAAAUCGGUGCGCCUGUCCCUCCCUCGAGCCGGGAGCCUGAACGAGAACGUGGACCACAGCGCGCUGCUGAAGCUCGGGUCCACCGUGUCCGAGCGGGUCAACAAGUUCGACGUGAAGCCGGAGAACGGGCACCAGCGGGCCUCCUCGCCCAGCUACUCCAAGCUGCAGGAGACCCGCCGCAUCUUCGAGCAGCAGCAGCAGGAGCGGCAGCUGCAGCAGGAGAAGCUGGCGACCACCAGGGUCCUGCUGAAGACCGACAAGGCCUCCAGCUUCCAGGACGGCAGGCUGGACGUGGUGGCGCGCUUCAACGGCAGCACGGAGUCCCUGGACAGCCUGGACACCAGCGAGGCCGUGUCCCCCACCGUCAGCCAGCUCAGCGCCGUGUUCGAGCGGGCCGCCGAGCUCCGGAACAACCUGCACCGCCUCUCCUCCACCCCGCCGCUGCCCUCCAGGGGGGUCAGCGCCAAGGUGGGUGUGUUGAACUCCAAAAUAAUCACAAAGAGGGUCAGUGCCUUUGCAGCAGGCCACCAGGAGGACCAGGAGAAGCAGAACCAGAACGGCCAGGAGGGGCCUCAGAGGGGCCCCAGGGGGAGGGGGGCGUCUGACAGCAUCAACGGGGGCCAAAGUACCGAACACUUCAGUGCUGCAGGGGAGACGGGAAAGACUGUUUCAGAUGCCGGCGUGGAGGCGAAGUCUGAGGAGCACACCGGGUCUGACAUCCGCAUCUCUGUGGAGAACGGAGACGUGGCCCCCGAGAAGAGGAGCGGCCCUCCACAGGGGGGCGAGGAGGCCAAGGAGGACGAGGAGGACCGGACGCUGCGAGACGACCAGUCGGGACGAGACUCUGUGGACAUCAGCACCUACAGCGCGGUGGGGGAAGACUUCGGAGGGAGCCAGGUGGACGAGGAGGAGCAGGAGGAGGUGGAGGAGGAGGAGGAGGAUGACCGCUACGAGCCCGAGUCCAGCUGUGUGGAGAUCGUGGGGCUGCCUGUGGAGGAGGAACCGCCUCCUUCCAGGAAGAUCCGCUUCAGCACAGAACCCAUCAAGGUGUUCGCCACCUACCCCAACGAGGACUACGACAGGCGUAAUGAAGACGUGGACCCCAUGGCGGCGUCUGCUGAGUACGAGCUGGAGAAGAGGGUGGAGAGGCUGGACCUGUUCCCCGUGGAGCUGGAGAAAGAUGGCGACGGUUUGGGCAUCAGCAUCAUCGGGAUGGGUGCCGGCGCCGACAUGGGCCUGGAGAAGCUGGGCAUCUUCGUGAAGACGGUCACGGAAGGAGGAGCAGCACACAGAGACAACCGGAUCCAAGUGAAUGAUCUGAUCGUGGAGGUGGACGGGACCAGCUUGGUGGGAGUCACCCAGAGCUUCGCCGCCUCCGUCCUGCGGAACACCUCAGGAACCGUCAAGUUUGUGAUCGGGCGGGAGAAGCCGGGGGAGCAGAGCGAGGUGGCCCAGCUCAUCCAGCAGACCCUGGAGCAGGAGCGCUGGCAGAGGGAGAUGAUGGAGCAGCGCUACAACCAGUACAUGGACGAGCAGGAGGGUGGUGAAUACGGCACAGAUGAGGAAGAGGACGAGGACGAGGAAGUCAGCCCGCCGUAUCCCAGCGCCAUCGAGGUGUUUGACUUGGCGGAGAACGAGGACAUGUCGCCUCUGGAGACGGACCCUGAGAAACUGGCCCAUAAGUACAAAGAGCUCCAGAUAAAGCACGCUGUGACCCAAGCUGAGAUCCAGCAGCUGAAAAGAAAGCUGCAUCACGCGGAGCAGGAGAAGCAGCGCUGGCGAAUGGACAAGGCCCAGCUGGAGCAGACCCUGCAGGAGAACAAGGAGCGGAUGGAGAAGCUGGAGGGCUACUGGAUGGAGGCUCAGAGCCUGUGCCAGGCGGUGGACGAGCACCUGAAGGAGACGCAGUCGCAGUAUCAGGCCCUGGAGCGCAAGUACAGCAAAGCCAAACGCCUGAUCAAGGAGUACCAGCAGAAAGAGAUCGAGUACCUGAAGAAGGAGACCCAGCGGUGUGCACAAGUCGGAGCUGAGGCCUCUCUUCUCAAAGAGGAGUCCGGACAACUCCAAGAGCAGGUGGCUGAUCUGGAGUGCCGGGUGGAGGAGCUGAAAUCUGAACCUUUAUAAAAGCCUUCGUCCGCCACGUCUCUCACAGAGCAGAAGAUAGUGUUAUUGUACUUGCGAUGACCUGCAGGGCAUUCCUCGUCUCCAACCCGAGCUCGUGGUCACAUACUGUACGUGUGUCCUCAGGCUUCGUGUGUUUUUCGGCCACUUAACCCCUUUUAACCAUGUUUUUCUGUUUGUGGGAACGUGAAGAACGCUUCUACCGUCACAAAUACAGACUCUGUCGAGCUCUAGAUGUGUACUGUUCCUUUUUAAUUUCCAGAGUUCAGUAUUUAAUCCCUUAAUUUGUGGUUUUUGUGACAGACCAGGCUGUUGCUUUUUAAUUGCCAAAAAAACAAAAAUCCUUUUCUUUCUUUUCUUUUUCUUUCUUUCGCCUAGUUUUGUGACCUUUCUUUUCUGACUUUGUACAGACGUGAUACUGUGUGGUUUAACAAUCAGUUUGGUUUGUAAAAAAUUUUAAUAUGUGUAUAACAUUUAACAUAAUAUAAACUAAUGAGAUUGAGGGGCUGGUGUAUAUUUUGCGUGACGAAGAUGAAGUGUACAUUGGACGGAGAUUGCACUGAAGAAGACAUCGACGCGGUGCUUCGCUGGAACGGAACGGGAACUGUGUUGUUGAGGUGUCUUCGAAAUUGUACAAACAGUAACCCAACCUUCGUAGGGGUCCUGUCACUUAACCUUGAGAACCACCUGCUGCCUACCUUUCAGAAGUGUUUGUGUGUUUUUUUACACAUUAGGACUCGUUAACGAGCGUCCGAUCCUCCGGUUUCAAACCCCCUCCCUCCCUUUCCCCCCCUUUCGCUUCUUUGAACAAACAAGGACCACAGAAACAAGCCUCCACAACUGCUGUGCCACAAACGAAAAUGGAUCUCUCUUAUCCCUUAAAAUGGAUGUUUUGUCAAGGACUUGUGUAACUGGUAUUAGUUAGGACUACUGAUAUAAAGAAACAUUACGGGACUGGGAUGUUGGAAGAAGCCGUUACCAGCAGCAAACGUAUAGAUUUAAAAAGCUCGUGUCUCUAACCAGCAGCUGCACUUUGACACCGCUGUGUGUAGCACAUGGAAAAACACUGCCGGGUUUCUACCUGUUUCAAUUUCAGCACAGUUUAAACAUGAAAUUGAGUCUACUUGUGUCAACUGUCAUACCAGUAUGUUUGUAUAGUUCAGGUAAGACUGAAAUAUUUUAAUUUUACUUAAUAUUUAUAAUAUAGUCAAGGUGGAAAUAUGAGCUAACAAGGACAUUAAAACUGACAGAAGCAAUGCAAAAAGCAAUGUUCAUUAGACAGUUCUACUGUGUCAUGUAUAAAAGAAGUAGAUCCGGAUGACUACAAAUUUAAGAUUAAUGAAUUGAAAAAUAAAAAAAUAACAGGCAUGGUUAUGAGUAUUUUCAUAAUAUUAAGGCUUGUACAGUGCACAUGCUUUGCAUUGUAUGUUUUGUGGAAUAAAUGGUCAACAGUGA